GCGGGCGGGGCGCGCAGUCCCGGGACGCGGGAGGCUCGGCGUGCGAUCUUGUGGGCCCUGAGGCUUCUUGCCCGCGCCCUCCUCGCUACCACGCUCGUCCCGGGCCGGGCCGCUGCUCCCGCCAGUUCCGAGAGGUUCUACUUUCAGGUGUUUUUGAAAAAAAAAAAAGUCACAAUUUGGAUGGGAGAAAGGACAUGAGGAGACCAAAGACCUGGGAUUUUGCUGAUCAGAAUGAAACGAAUGUUGAAAGACUUUUCAAAUCUAUUGUUCGUGGUGCUCUGUGACUGUGUUCUUGGAGAAGCCGAGUAUCUCCUUUUGGGAGAGCCAGGACAUGUAGCGCUAAGCAACACCACAGUGUCUGUGGAUUUCCAGUUUUUUGAUAGUGCUAAUGGGACGCUGAGGAAUGUAUCUGUGCUGCUCUUGGAGGCCAAUACCAAUCAGACUGUGACCACUAAAUACCUCCAGACCAACAAGUCCCAGGGGACACUCGAGUUUGAGUGCUUCUACUUCAAGGAGGCUGGUGACUACUGGUUCAUGAUGACUCCAGAAGGGACAGACAGCAGCACUCCAGUCCCCUGGUGGGAGAAAGGUGCCCUUCUGAAGGUGGAAUGGCCCGUCUUUCGCGUUGACCUCAAUAGGACAUCCAAGACAGCAGAAGGCACCUUCCAAGUGGGCCUUUUCACCAGUCAGCCACUGUGUCCGUUCCCUGUGGACAAGCCUGACAUCUUGGUGGAUGUCAUCUUCACCAACAGUCUUCCUGAGGCAGGAACAAGUCAGGGACAGCCACUGGAGAUAAGAAGCAGCAAGAGGACAGAACUCUCUCAAGGUCAGUGGGUUGAGUUUGGCUGUGCGCCUGUGGGGCCAGAAGCUUAUGUCACUGUGGUGCUGAAGCUGCUCGGCCGAGAUUCAGUCAUCACCUCCACAGGACCUGUCGACCUGGCCCAGAGAUUUGGAUACAAAUUGGUGAUGGUGCCAGAACUCACAUGUGAGUCUGGGGUCGAAGUGAUGGUGCUGCCCCCACCAUGCACCUUCGUUCAAGGGGCGAUUGCCGUCUUCAAGGAGGCCCCUAGACGCCCUGGGGAAAGGACCAUUCGGCUGGCUGAAAACAGCUUGACCUUGGGACAGAGGAGAACAGUAUUCAACUGCACUUUGUUUGACAUGGGGAGGAAUAAAUAUUGCUUUGACUUCGGCAUUAAAAGCAGAAGCCAGUUUUCUGCAAAGGAGCAGGAGUGCAUGCUAAUUCAGAGAAAUAUAGAAACUUGGGGACUGUGGCAGCCGUGGAGCCAGUGUAGUGCUACGUGUGGGGACGGUGUCAGAGAACGUCGCCGCAUGUGCCUGACUUCCUUCCCCUCCAGACCUGGCUGCCUUGGAAUGUCCUCGGAGACCUCCCCAUGUUCCCUGGAGGAGUGUGCUGCUUUCCAUCCAUCCAGUCCAUCUCCUCUUCCUCCUCUGGGUCCAGUGAAGUCCAACAACAUUGUGACGGUCACCGGGAUAUCCCUGUGCUUGUUCAUCAUCGUUGCCACGGUCCUCAUCACGCUGUGGCGGAAGUUCGGCCGCCCCACGAAGUGCAGCACCCCCGCCCGACACAACUCCAUCCACUCCCCCAGCUUCCGGAAGAACUCCGACGAGGAGAACAUCUGCGAGCUGAGCGAGCAGCGCGGGAGCUUCUCGGACGCCGGGGACGGGCCGGCGGGGGGCCUUGGGGACACGGGCAUCCCGCUGACCUGCAGGCGGAGUGCGCCGAGUGUGCCGGUGGCUCCGGACGACGAGGCCUCUGGCAGUGAGAGCUUCCAGUCCAACGCGCAGAAGAUAAUCCCGCCCCUGUUUAGCUACCGCCUCGCCCAGCAGCAGCUGAAGGAGAUGAAGAAGCGGGGCCUGACGGAGACCACCAAGGUGUACCACGUGUCCCAGAGUCCGCUGACGGACACCGCCAUCGACGCCGCGGCCGCCCCGCCCUUGGACGCGCAAAGCCCCGAAGAAGCUGCCGCCAGCAAGUUCCGCAUCCGAUCCCCUUUUCCGGACCAGCCCGUGCUCGGUGCGGGGGAGAAGCCUCUGGCCCGGCCGGACGCGGCCACCCCGCAGGCCAGUUGCGCGGUCAGCCCCAGCCAGACCCUGAUCCGCAGGUCGCAGAUGCGGCACGCGGGCGGCCGAGGGGGGCCGUCGGACAGGAGUCACCCCAGGGGCUCCCACUUCAGGAGGACGGCCAGCUUCCACGAAGCCAGGCAGGCCCGGCCGUUCAGGGAGAGGAGCAUGUCCACGCUGACCCCGCGCCAGGCCCCGGCCUACAGCGCCAGGGCGCGGCCCUGGGACCAGGCGGAGGACCGCUGUCGGCCUCCGAGUCGGGGCGCCGGCGCGAUUCCUGAGAAACCGGACCGUUUCCAAGGGGCAGGUGGAACCAGCGGUCCGCUAAGCCCUCUCCCUAAAUCCUACACCUUGGGGCAGCCCACGAGGAAACCAGACCUGGGGGAUCGCCAAGCAGGAUUCUUGGCGGGCGGUGAGAGAACGGAGCCUCCCAGAGCUCGGAGAGGCCCAUCCCCCAGUCACAGGAGCGUCUCAAGGAAGCAGCCUUCGCCCACUGCCCCCAAAGAUAGCUACCAGAGGGUCAGCCCUCUGAGCCCUUCUCAGUGUAGAAAAGACAGGUGUCAGAGCUUCCCAGCCCAGCCCGAGUUUGCCUUCUAUGACAAUACAUCCUUCCGCCUCACCGAGGCCGAGCAGAGGAUGCUGGACCUCCCGGGAUAUUUUGGGUCAAACGAAGAGGAUGAAACCACAAGUACCCUUAGUGUGGAAAAGCUUGUCAUCUAGACCCAGAUCAGUCUGGGACUUCUGCAGUUGGGGUCCUUUGCUCAGCUCAGGGUGUCAGCUGCUCACAUUGUUCUGGGGUCUGUUUUGUGUGACCGUUUGUACAGUAGAACAGAAUGUGGGGAGGAAGUAACUCACGUGCAUGUGCAUGCAUUUUAAUUCAUAAGGAAAAUGUUCUUCUGAACUUUUAGUUAUACUGUCUCUAUUGGUUUAUUACUAAUAACUAUGAUAAAAUUUAAGAGUGCAAUAGGGUUUGGUCUCAAAUGGAUAUGAAAUGACAAGAUGUGACUUGUGAGGAUGCAAUACUUUGAACUCUUCAUUAGUAGUGUCCAACUUGAAACAAAUUUGGGAGUCUUUAACAAGGGCUGCAACAAAGUGAACUUGUUAACUGAAUUGUAACUUAUGAAGUUAUAAAUACUUAAGAUUUUGAUGCCUACAGGGGCAGUACUGAGUAGGUUUCAUGUUUGGCUAAUUAAGUCAAUUAGGACUAUUACGUACUAGGCUACCUAGACAUGGUGAUACCAUGAGAUAUUCGAAAAGAACUUUCAGGCCAGAGUUGGGUGAUAUCUUAUUAUUAUUAUUAUUUUUUAAUGCAACAAAGACUUCUGGUGAUGACACAAAAUUAUGUGAGUUAAUUCUGCUUUGGAGAAAUAACACAAGAAGCUGAUUGUUCAGAUAGUCAAAUGAAGACCUAUCCAGACAUCUUUUUGUUCUGAGCAAAAAGUAAACAUUUUGGAAAGGAAGGUAUUGUCUCCUGUGAGAGCAUCAACUGGAAUGUAGGCAGUGGAUGCUGGCCAGGUCACUGCCUGGCAUCAGGAUGCCGACUGGACCAGAGUGGCAGCCAAGGCCUCAGUGGGUGUCAUUCUGAAGAUGACUUUAUUGUGUUACUCAGAAAGUACCUGAAUUAAUCUUGGGUCUAUGGAAAGCAGGAGGACUGGAUUAUGAUCUUACAGCUUAAGUUUUUGUUUUUUUUUUUAUUUGGAAGAAAGAGAUAAAGAGGGAAAAAGAAACGUCUUAGAAAUUUAGAAUCAUUUAUUUUCUGACUCAGUCUGCUUACCACAUUUUACAAAUGAAGAAUUUGAGGCUCAGGGAAGGGAAUUACUCCUGCAGGGUUGAAUGGACACAGACUCAUAUUUUUACUCUAAUUACCAUACUCAUUGCAUACUGCCAUCUCAGCCGUUGCCAGUCUUCCCUAACAGCAGCAACUUCAGGAGAAAGCUGGCCAUUUUACUAGCUUUUCCCGAAGGAAGGAAGCUCCCUGCUGCUUGACGUCAGGACUUGUCUUGCACCUUGCUUUGUUUGGAAGUGAGGGCUACAGAAAAGAAACUGAAGGUUGGGCUCCUUCAUUGGAAGUCUGCCAUCAGGUCCUUUGUAGGCACUCUGCAAUCUGGUGUACUUCCUCUCAGCCCUUGGACCUAAAGCCUUAUGCUUGAGUGGCUGCACUUUCCUUCUCGUUCCCCAUGACCUCUCUAGCUGCCACACCUUCCCUGCCUUUCAGACUGUGUUUUCCUUCUCCUUUUAGAGUUUAUCAGGAUGUCAGCCUGCUGGUGAGAUUUCGGGGAAUAUUGGAACGAGUGGAAUUAGAAGGGAGAAAAACAUCACAAACGUAAAUACUGUACUUUUAAAAGUUUCUCUUAUAGUUCUUGCAUUAGCACUUCAUAUGUACUGUUAUUAUUGAAAAUCGAAACAUACUUCCUUUUGGAAAUGCUUCAAUAAUAACUACCUUUCAAGAACAGGAGGAGUAUAUUAUUCAGUGUUGUAUAACAACUGAUAUGUGCCAAUGCAAAGAAGAGGAAACCAGACUUUUUAAUCUCCAUUUUCUUUGUUUAUCAUACUAGAAAGCUUUGUUCUCUUUCCAAGUUCACAGGCUUGUGUGCCAUCCUUUGAGGACAUGCUCACUCAUUUCAGACUUCACAGUGAAUUUCCCUGCAGUGUCAAAUUGAGACCAAAACAGCCACAGGGAGGGUGAAAAUUCAAGAAAUAUGCUAUGAACAGAAUGAUUUCUGUUAAAUUAUGUUGUUCCCCAUGAAUAUCACAGUGACCUAAUACCAGCAUAUAACAUGUUCACCAUCUCUCUAGUCCAGUUUUCUGUGGCUUUUAUCAAAAUUCAAUCUACAUUUCAUAGUUAAGCUAAUUUGGCCUCUGCCUCUGAGAAAAAAUAGAUGUUCAGCAUUGUCUUUGGUAGAUAAAUGCUAAACUUCAUUAGAAAUAAUCUAUUCUGUACCGUUUUGUUCCUGGGUCCUAGCCCCAGUGGCUGCCAUUAGGUAGGAGCUUAGUAAAGGUUUGCUGAAUAAAUAGCUAUUCAAAAGCCCUCAAACUAUAUUUAUGGUUGAACUAGAACAAUUGUAACAUUUUAAAUCUUAAACCGUUAUGAUAUGUUCCUAUGAGAUACCGUGUGAGUUUAAUUUCUAGAAGUCUCCCAAAAUGAAGAGAUACUCAUCUUUUGGGGGAUAUUACCCUGCCUGAAGUGGAAAGUAUCUCUGGAGCCUAUCUAUUGAAGUGUCUGUACACACUAGUCACUUAAUAAGUACUGAAUGUAUAUGAGAGAGUGGCUUCUAAAUAGAUAGGGUGACCUGCCUUCCUAGCAAGUCUCUUCCAUUCACCCCACUGCUCUGGAGUCUGUACCAUCUCAAGAGAGAACACUAAGUGUGCCAAGCCCUUGUCCCACUACCCAACUGUACACCAGCCCUACCUAUCUAACCCACAAAACAUAAAACUUCUCUUUUAUGA